AUUUUGCAUUGAGGAAAGCCGCCAAUGACUGUGCCACAAACGAAAAUUUCGCUGCAGUUCAAGUAGUGCAGAAUCAUUUUUACGUGGAUGAUAUGCUUGUGUCAUUCGAUACCGUUGAAAAAGCUUGCAAAGUGGUCCGACAGGUCCGUAAAAUUUGUAGCUAUGGUCAUUUCAACUUUACCCAAAUAAUUUCGAACCAGAGGCGAGUGUUGGAUACAAUUCCGAGCCAAAACCUCAAGCCCACGACUCGGGAUUUGGAUUUUGUAAAUGACGACUUGCCUAUGGAACGUGCCUUGGGCGUGGUUUGGAAUUUGCAAGAUUAUAUGCUGGGAUUUAGGAUUCAAAUUCAAGACAAACCUCUAAACAGGCGGGGGAUUCUCUCAACUAUACACUCCAUCUAUGAUCCAUUGGGAAUCGUGGGACCAGCGGUACUGCCCGCUAAACAUAUCUUUCAAGAGCUUUGUCGUCGGGGAGAUGAUUGGGAUGCAAAUUUGCCCGACCAGCUAUCUGUGCCUUGGAAGGAUUGGUUGGAAGGACUCUCAAGUCUAGAUUCGUAUCAGAUUCCCAGAUGGUAUGGGUCCGAAGUUUCCAACACCCCAGCUCAACUGCUCAUAUUUUGCGAUGGAAGCGAAACGGGAUAUGGGGCAGUGGCUUAUCUGAUCACGCCCUCGCUCAACGGUAAUUUUCAAUCCUCGUUGGUGAUGGCCAAAUCUCGGUUGGCCCCGCUCAAAAAGAUCUCAAUCCCUCGACUUGAAUUGACUGCAGCAAAGUUGGGUUUGUCUCUGAUGGUGACAAUCCAAAGGGAAAUCCCGUUGAUAACAAGGAUGUGCUACUUGUGGAGCGACAGUGAGACUGUUCUGAAGUACUUAAAGAAUGAGAAGACGAGAUUCCAAAGAUUUGUGUCCAAUAGAAUCUCCUUUAUACGUGAACGAACGGAACUGGAACAAUGGAAGUUUGUACCCGGUAAAUUGAACCCAGCAGACAUUGCUAGUCGUGGCUUACCAGUUCGUGAUUUUGUGACCUCGCAAAUGUGGAAGCGGGGCCCCGAAUUUCUAUGCCUAGGGAUAGAAUCGUGGCCAACUGGCAUGAAGAUCCCCGAAGUGGAUGACAAUGAUCCUGAAAUCAAGAAGAACCCGGUAUUUUGUGUUACUGCUAAGGUUGAGAUGGACGUAGCAAGGCAAUUCAUGGAAAAUGUUUCAGACUGGAAUGUGCUACGUCGCUCAGUGGCUGGUUUGAUCAAGUUGCAAGCCAAAUUUCGGGGUGGAUCCCCUGGUAAAAGGCUCAUGUUACACGAUCUCGCUUAUGCCGAAAAGGCCAUUUUUAGAUUUCUGCAGGCACAGAGCUUUGAAGAAGAAGUGGCUUCAAUUCAAACCUCGAGACCAAUCCGGAAGAGUUCCAAGUUGAGAAAGUUCACGCCUUUCUUGGAUGAAGAUGGAGUUCUCCGAGUUGGAGGAAGAUUGUCCAACGCCAGGCACUUGACUUUUGACCAACGUCAUCCAAUUAUUUUGGCGAAAGGACACAUUGCGACCCUGCUCGUCCGUGCUACCCAUGCCCGAUCAGGUCACCUGGGUCGUGCUUUUGUGAUCAACCGUUUGCGCGAGAGAUUUCGCAUUAUUGGAGAAGGGUCCUUAGUCAAAACCAUCCUGAAUGAUUGCAUCAGUUGUCGCAAAUAUCAAGGCAAAGUGGAAGCACAAGUUAUGGCUGACUUGCCUCAAGAUCGAGUGAUGGGAAACAAUCCUCCCUUCACUAACACUGGUGUUGAUUUGUUCGGUCCUUUCAAGACAACCAGGGGACGAGCUCUUCAAGAUCGGUAUGGACUUAUCUUCAAGUGUCUUUCCAGCCGUGCCGCCCAUAUCGAGAUUGUUUAUGACAAAUCCACCGACUCCUUUAUCCAGGCUUUGAGGAGGUUUAUUUCUAGAAGAGGGCAAGUGAAACUAAUGAGGUCCGAUAAUGGGACAAACUUUAUCGGUGCGGAGCGAGAGCUCAGAGAAAACUUUCAGUUACUGAAACAAGAUGAAAUCAGCCAAGACAUGAUGAACCGAGGUAUCGAAUGGGUUUUCAAUCCUCCCUAUAGCCAUCAUUUUGGCGGGGUGUGGGAAAGAGAGAUUCGCACUAUACGCAAAGUCAUGUCCGGUCUUAUGAAUGAAAAUCGGAGGCCUCUAACCGACGAGUCUCUGAACACUUUAAUGUGCGAAGUGGAGGCCAUUUUGAAUGGUCGGCCCUUAACUCCCGUUUCAGACGACCCCAAUGAUAUGGAACCUCUGACUCCAAACCACCUUCUUUUACAACGUUCAGGCCCCACAUAUCCUCCAGGAAUUUUCCGAGAUGCUGAUCAAUAUGCCAAACAUCGUUGGCGUCAAGUCCAACAUCUUGCCGAUGUCUUUUGGAAGCGAUGGUCGCGUGAAUACGUCACGAGUUUGGUGAGUCGGAGCAAGUGGCAAGAGAAGAGAAGGAAUGUGUCUGUGAACGAUCUGGUUCUCCUGGUCAUGGAAAAUACCAUGCGCUCGCAGUGGCCCCUCGGGCGAAUCAUGGAAACAUAUCCGGAUGGGGAUGGAAAUGUCCGAACAGUGAAGAUAAAGACCGUCAAAGGCGAAUAUCGACGUCCAAUAAGCCAAGUGGUAGUGCUCCGUCCAGCCUAAAGUCAAGGGGAUAAUUUCACGUGUGAUAAAUGUCAAAUGAUCAUUUGAAGGGCCGGUGUGGAAAUUGCUUUCCUUUGAUUUCUCCAUAUCUGUGCCAAUUCUUCCAUCUCACUUCUUACUCGCACACCAACCAAUUAGCACUUCAUUUCUUUCUGUUGCCGAGCUCGAAUUCAAGUCGACAGUUUUCUAAACGCCUUCCAUUUGAACCGAUAUCACCUAUACGUUUGUAAGUUUUAACCUAUGCCAUCUUUUACAUAUGUUUUAGUUUUAUAAGUUUUUAUACUUUGAUCCAAUAGGAAACCGUUUACACCAUCCACCGAGUUUUUUAUUUAAUCAUCGGAUCGCGAUGCGUGGACGCGUUUUCAAGUUAGGCGUUUUAUAAUAUCAGUCUCCAAUUUGCUUUCAUUUCAGAGCCAAUAAUAUGAUUGCUGUAUCAUGCAUUGUGGUCCCUUUCAUGCUUCUUGUCCAUGGACAAAUGGGCAACUCCCAUGUUAUCUUACCACGAACAAUUGACCCCCAAAAGAUUGGUUCUCAAGGGAUUUGGGACAACUGUAGAUGGAACGGUCACCGUUAAAAAGGAAGGUUUCCAGUUCCAAGAACCGGAGGCUUUUGGAUGCUUCGAUGGUGUUAGCAUUUAUCCAGUGAACGAUACACAACAAGAAGUGAACAACAGUGACCCCGAUGAUGAAGAUACCACUGAUGAUGGCAUACGAUAUUGUGGCACGAUUACAGAAGACAAGACCCGCGAUUUCUCUACCUCUGAACUUACCAUUGACCUUGGGGCCGACAACACAGUGAACGGCAACGGAGCCGAGAUUGUUAUCUGCUUUGCUUAAAAGAGUUGGGGGUCAACACACAUUGUAUGUUUUUGCCACUUUGUGAACUUUGCAGUGAAUAUUGGUUUGUUUGUUUUUCUUUUUGGCCGACUUCCGAGUUUCGACAAUAAAUUUUCACAUUUCAUUCCA